UCUCGUGCGAUAUCAAGAACACCGACAUAGUUGUCGUCCGCGAUACGUGCCACUGAUCCACACGGGCGAACAGUUUUCGCGAUCCUCGCGGUGUCGAAGCGUGCGAGUGCCACUGCUCUCGUGUCGAAAAUUCCUAUCGGUGAAUCCCACCACCCCCUCCACCCACGCGCGCCUAAUCCACGCGUUCGCGUCCCGUUUCGUUCCGGGUGUGGAUUGUUCAAUCGUUCAAUCGUUUUUUUUUCUUAUUUUCCCGCCAUCCUUAGUUUUUUUUCCUUGUUUUUUCUCUGUUCCUCGCGAUACAUCGCAUUUUCAUCGGCGUUCCCACCACUGGGCAUCGCCAGGGAUCGUUCGAACGCGUGACACACUAAGGUUGCAAAUUUCCGAAGCCACGUGACCGAGACGCGCAUCUCGUGGAAGAAUCACCGGUUACUCGUAGCGUCCAACGAACGCAACAAGACCAAAUCAACAUGUCCAAGUUGUACGUGGGCAAUCUGCCGUCGAACUGCAACGAGAGGGCCCUCAGGCAACUCUUCCAGGAUCACAAUUUGUCGUGUACCACGAUCAUGGUGAAACGUGGCGGUUACGCAUUCAUCGAUUGCACCGAUCAGUCUGUGGCGGAUCGCGCGAUCGACAAACUUAACGGAUAUACAUAUCUCGGAUCAGCCCUUGUCGUCGAGCCAUCUGUAGCUAAUGGACCGAAGAAAUGGUGA